GAAAUUACAGGCGCAUUCUGUAGUAGGAGGGAGACUGGUGUMGAAUCGUUGCGUGGUUACCAAGGGGUGCCAGCCGAAAUCAUGUCUGCAAGUAGAAAAGAAGAAGACUUUGAAAUCACGAAGGAGGAGCUUGACAAGUUUCAGAAAGCUAUGGAAAAUGAAGAGUUUCGCAAGCUGCUUCUUGAAUAUGCUCAAGAAAUAUCAGAUCCYGAAAACAAGAAAAAAUAUGAAGAAGAAAUUUYACAGAUGGAGAAGGAAAGAGGGAUGGACAUUAAAUUUGUCAACCCAGAGGGUGGGUUUGUGGUCAAAACUACCAGAGUCAAAGAUGGUCUCAAGGCUUUUGUAAAUAUCUGCUACAAUGAACAUGUACAAAAAGCUUCCUCUCAAUAUACAGAAAAGGAAGAGAAUGGUAUAAGGAAAAAAGGUGAGCAAUGGAGUAUACCUUUCAGCCUGUCACAACCAAGAGAUGAUUUUGAUAAUGCUGGUAAAAAAUGUGUGGUGUUUGAUGUAGUGUUCAACCCAGAAACUUACCAAAAAGGCCAACAGGAGCCACGUUUUAAAGAAACAAUGAUAAACACAGCACUGGAUGGAAUUCAAAAACAACUUAAUGUCAAAUUGAAUAAUAAAAAUUUAAAGUUUCCCAAGUUAAAAUUYAAAGGUGUAAAGCAGGCAACAGUAAUCAGAACCAAAAGUAAAGAUGAGCAAACACAAAAGGUUGCWGACAACAAUGUCAACAUUGRAGGACAAUCAUUCCCUUAUCCCUACCCUAGUGAACCCCUUCAUGAUAAUAAAAAACAUAAAGCAAAAACCAAUACUAUAAUAGAGAAUGAUAGUAAUCAAAGCAAGGAAGAACAGCAACCUGAGACAAAAAAUGAACCAGUCUACAGCAUUGUACAUCGUGGAGUCAUUGAUUUCCAGAAUUUUACCAAUGCCAGAGAUUCCUGUACCAGUACCAGACCAAAGGAACUUGUUGUUACUAUUCAACUUCCAAAAUUGAAAUCUACAGGAACUGUUGAGCUUGAUAUAAGUGAGAAGCAGCUCAUCUUACACAAUGAUGAACCCAUUUACCAUCUAGAUUUAGCUUUACCCUACACUGUUGAUGAGGCUAAUGGUCAUGCCAAGUUUGACAAAAGUAGACGAGAACUUGUUGUAACCUUACCAGUCCUUGCAAUUCUUCCUCAUGAUUAUCCUACAAUCACUAAUGAAACAACAAACAAAGUACCAGAUUACCAGGAUAACAACAAAACUGAUAUCAUAGACAAUGCAAACUAUGAUAUAMAAACAACAGAUAUCACUAACAAUGAUGAUAAAUCUAGUGACUUUAAUUCUAUGGGCAAAGAAGUAGAGUCCAAUGAAUUUAUCAACGGAGGUGUAGACAUUGAAAUAAAUAAGACACAGAAUGMUGGAGAGACCUUAGAUUCAACAAGUGUCGAAGGGUUUGUACUCAUGGAUGAUAUUAUACAAGUAGAUCAAACUGAUGAAGGAUUGAUGUACACAACAACAGAACUAAACUCCCAGGAUUUGCAGUUGGAAAUAACUUCAGAUCUUUCAGAUAUGUCCUCUCCUUUCUUCUUCAAGUCACCACCAUACACKUACCACCAAGACAUGGAUACGGUGACAUUGGUUGUUCAUGUUCCUGGGGUUGCUAUGGAGAAUGUCUCCCUUGGGUUUAAUGAGAAUAAGUGUUACAUCAAUUUUCCAUCUGAGAAGGCAACAACUAAUCAYCUACCAGCUCCAGACUACGCCUUGUACAUCACAUUUCCUGAAGGACAUGAUCUUGCUGCAGAUAACUGUCACAUUGAUGUAACUGAGGACAACCUCGUACUCACCUUGGCAAAGGAUGAUGCUUGCAAAGGAUUGUGGGAUGGAUUUAAAGCGGGACCUGGAGAGGAGGAACUGGAGGAUAAGUUUUUUAUCACCGAUAAUAAUGUUGAAUUAAUGAUGGAAGAAAUAGCCGAGCAAGACCCAUGGGCCCAACAAACAUGCUACUCAUCAGAUGUCAAAGUCCUUUCAGUAGCAGAUGAUCAGUUGACUGUUCAACUUCGCGAAAAUCGUUCAGACGCCGAUGACCAGGAUACUCCCAUAAACGGCCACGUGCACCAACAACACAAAGGUCAACACAAAGACAUAUCCAAUAAAAACUCCAUGGAAUCCGUAAAGCUCGAGAAUCUGGAUUUGAAAGAAGGAAUUUUGUCCAACAAGAUGCAGGAAUUAAAAUUACAGAAAUUAACGAGUCCUGAUGAAGGAAUAGUACACGAUAUGUACAGCCAUGAGAGACGUGAAAAAUACUCGUAUGGAUUAACAGAACGUAUUGCUGCCUCGACGGACCCUAAAUUAGUCCAAGAUCACGGUCAUAAAACAAAUACCGACGAAAGACGAAAAAAUCGGUCAGAUAGUACUGACUCAAUAUCUUCCGACCGGUCAGAUUCAUGCGACGGACGGCGGAAGAGCCGGUCCGAUAGUUUGGACUCAGUAUCAUCCGAUCGGUCGGAUUUGACAUCGUCCAAUACUAUUCCUGCCAGAAAGUCGUGCAUGCGCCGUAGUUCCAGCACCUCAACUGAUGAUGACACUGAUUAUGAAAUAAACAACGCAAUGUCUCCUAGCAACGGGUCGUGGGGAUCUCCAGGGAAACGUAAUGUUCGUUUCAACCUUAACCCAAGUGUUCGCGUGUUUAGUAAUAAAAAAGAUAAGCAAAGAUGGAAAAUGGAGCAACGACUGAAAAAYCAAAAGAUCUCUAUGCGCGACAAUGGUGAAGACAAAAUUGAGAAAGAAGCAACCAUUCAUGAAGAAGGAAGCGCCUGGCAAGACGAAGUGGAGCCGAACAUUACAACACGUCAAGACAGUGAAAGCAGUGUGGAUGAUGAAUGGACAAUGGUAGAUAAACCUUCAGACAGUAGCUUGUCAAAUAAUUUAAUUUUUGAGCUUGAUGAGUAGUAAUGACAAUUAUCAAAGUCAUGACUUUGUAAAAAAGCUAAUAUAAUUAAUAGAUGUAAUAUAGGAAGUUUUUCCUUGUGAUGACACAUUAAAUCUUUCGGCUGAAAA